AUGAAAAAUUUUUUAAUAAAUGUUUUAAUCAAUAUUUUUAAAGAGAAAAAUGAAAAAAAACUAAAACAAUUUUAUAAUUUUGUUAUUAAAAGCAAGAAUAGUGCAUAUUUAAAUGACGAUGACUUAGUAUAUCCAUUAUCAACUAUUUCAUAUUAUUUAAAUUAUUUAGAAAAUGGAGUCAGCUAUUUUACUAGUCCUAUAUAUUCAACUGAAAAUUGUGAACAAGAAAAUAAAUAUUUUAAAUUGACAAUAAUUGAUGAUGAAAAAAGAAAUAAUAAUAAGAAGAAAAUUUACUUUGCUAAUUUAAAUAAAUUUUUAUAUUUUAGUAAAAAAUAUUCUAAUUCAUUUUUUGAUGUUUAUUUGAAAUAUAUUCUAUUAGAAAAAAAAGAAAAAAUUAAUAUAAAAAAUUAUAUUUAUUUGUUUAAUUCCCUAUGUUUAUUAAAUUAUGAUGAACAAAAAAAAAAUUGUAAAAGUGUUUUUGAAAAACUAAUUGUAGAGAUUAUAGUAAUAAAUGAAAAUUAUUUAAAUCAUAAAAGUAAUUAUAAAAAAGAAAAUGUUUCCUUGUCUGCACCAGUAGAUAGUCAAAAGCUAUUAGAACUCCUUACAAUAAUAAACAAACACAACAUAAAAUUACAGAAAUAUCAAAUAAAUUUUGAUAUAUUAAACUUGUUUUAUCUCCAUUUGUUUAAUUAUCUAUUUCAUACUAAUUUCUUUAUAAUAAAUGAGGAUAUCAACAAUAUUAAUAUGAACAAUUCUUUUUUUAUAAAUACAUUUAAGAAAAAUAGUCUUAUUAAGAAUAACAAAGAUAAAAAUGAGAAAAAAAUAAUUGAUGUAAACUAUAAUGAAAACAAAAUAAAUAUAAAAGAAUUAAAAUCAUUUUAUGAUGUUAUAUUAAUGGAUGCCUACAGUUUUCUAAGUACAAUUUUCUUUUUAAAAAAACACAAUAACUAUAACUAUUUUAUUUUGAAAAAUAAAAAUGAAUAUAUAAGUUUGAAUAAUAUGUUAUAUGAAAUAGAUAAGAGAAUUAUAUCUAUAUUUAAUUACUUAUUUUAUCGUCCAUAUUCAAUAAAUCAAAAAAAUAUAUAUGAAACAAUGAAAUAUAAAGUAAGAAAAGAAAAAAACAGUGAUCAAUUAAAAAUGUCUCAAAGUGUUGAAAAAAAAAAUACUUUCAUUAAAGUACAAGAUAAAAUAAGUAGUGAUAAUAAUAAUAAUAACAUGAAUUGCCAAUUUUUAUUCAAAAAAGUAUUUUAUUCUCCAUAUAUAUUAAAUAGUAAUGCUAAUGUAAUGGCUUGGGAAAUAUUUUUUGAUAAGAAUAGAUAUUCAUUUAACGAAAAACAAAUAGUUAAUUUCAAUUUUUUAUUUUUUCAAAAUAACAUAAUAAAAAUAAAAUUUCUUAAUUUCAUACGCUUUUAUUUAAUUAAUGAUUUUCAUUUAUUAAAUUAUUUUAAUAAGAGCAUAUACAAUCACAUAUGCAUAUAUAAGUUAUAUAUUUGUUUACAAAAAAAAUAUAAUAAUAUUGAUUUUUCUCAAGAAAUAAAUAUUUACAAUAAAUUUUUUGAAUUCAUUUUAAAAUUUUAUAUUUCUUCUUUAUACACUAAUAAUAUAUCUUUUCUCCUCUCUGUCUUUUCUGAUAACAAUUUAGAACAAAAAAAAAAGGAAAAAAAAAAAGAUAGAAGAAAUAGAUUAAUAAAACUAAUAAAUGAUGAGAUAAUUAAAAGAAUAAACAAGUCAUUUGCUGCAUUAUGUAAAGAAGAAAAUAAUAAUUACUUAAAUCAUAGCAAUACAAAUUAUUUUAGUAUAAGUAAUGACAAUAACAAUUAUGAAAAUAAUAAUAAUUAUUAUUAUUUCAUUGAUAAUGAUAUAGAUUUUAAUAACAGUGAUAUGAAUUUAUUCAGUAUUCCUAAUAAUUUUAAUAAAUAUGCAAGCAAUUUAAACAUUAACAAAAGGCAUAUAUAUAAUAUGUGCAAUUCAUAUAUAAAAUUAGAUUUUUUUGAUGAAAAAUAUAUUAAAAUAAUUGAAACCUUUACAAAUGAAAAUAUAAAUAAAUUAAAUAAUAAAGAUAUUACUGCUAUUGUAUAUUUCUUUUCUAAAAUAAAUUACAAAAAUAAAGAUAUUUUAAAAAAUAUAAUGACACAUAUAGAAAAUAAGAUUUAUGAAUUCCAUUUUAAUGAAAUUCAUCUAAUAUUUAAAAGUUAUUUUAAAUUAAAAUUAUUUUUUAAAAAAAGUAUUAUGAAUAUAUUAAAUCAUUUACUCAUUGAUAUUUAUACAAUAUAUUACAUUGAUAAGAUCAGAAACAAAGAAAACUAUGAAAAUGAAAAACAAAAAUUCAAUAAAUAUUUUGAUAUAUUAGAAAAUUUCAUAGAAUCAAUUAAUUCAUUAAAUAUUAAAAAAAAAAUAUUUUUUAAUAAAAAAGGGGAACAAUUAGAAAUUUUCACUAGUAAUUCUAAAUUUUCUGUUACAGAAAAAGAGCUAUAUAAAACUUUUUCAAAAUAUAUAAAUUGUAGAAAUAAAGAAUUCUUAAGAAAUAUUUUAAAUAUUUUAUAUAUACUUUCUAAAUUUAAAAUAAAAAAAAAUGUAUUACAUGAUUCUCUUUAUAUCUGCAUAAAAGAAAACAAUGAUAAUUUACUACACAUAUACGAUUGGAAUAAUUUAAUCUUAAGUCAUUGCAAAGCUAAUUAUAAUGCAACAUACUUAGAUAUAUAUAUAUCAAAGUUACAUAAGUUAUUAAGCAAAAUAGAAAUUUUAACUUAUAAAGAUAUAUCAAUACUUAUCUCUUUAUGUUUUCAUUUAAAAGAUAUAAAAGUAAAAAAUAAAAUUUUAAUUUUUAAUUUUCUUAUUAAUAAAAUUGACAUAAACACAUUAUCUUCUAAACAUUAUAAUUUACUCAAAAUUUCAUUUCAAAAAAUAAAUCAUGAAAAAUCAUAUUUAUUUGUAAAAAAUGCUUAA